UAGCCAACACCCACAUCUGGGACCAAACCUGAACUUCAGCCUCUGUGUGUGUGUGUUAUCUUGGGUGCAGUCACAAGAGUGAAACAGAAAAGUCUUUUUUAUUUAAUCGCGUUGUGAGUUGUUUUUUUGGUGGGUUGAUUUUUGGGACAUGUUUGGUUUUGGAACCUAGAGAAGGGAAAUCGAGGAAUUGUAUUCAGCCUGAGAAAUAUAUGGCUUGGAAAGAGCAACUGGUGCUGGCAUUUCUGACCUGGAUUCUUGAAGGCACUAAAGGUCAAGAUGCUCAAGUCACCUGUGUCUUCUCUGGACGUUGCAUCCUACCUUGCAAGAUGAAGCCCCAUGUUGGUGAUGAGGUGAUCCACUGGUACCACACUAAAAACACUGACAGUCCUGUUCAUAGUUACUAUCAAGGCAAGGACCAACUGGCAUACCAGGACAAGAAGUAUAAGGGAAGGACUUCUCUAUUUCCAGAUCAGAUACGUCUUGGAAAUGAAUCACUCUUAUUAUCUGAUGUCAAAAUCCAAGAUGAGGGCCGGUACAAAUGUUACACCAGCAACAAGGAAGGAAAUGAUGAGACAUUCGUAAACUUGAAAGUUAAAGCUCCAGUCCAGUCGGUGAAUAUAACAGUGGCCGCUGAUACACUAACAUGCAGCUCUGAAGGCAUCUACCCAGCUCCUGUCCUGGUCUGGUCCACUGUACCACCUUCAGAUCUUCAACAAGAGAAGGAACCUGAGAAACAAACAAAUGACCAAGGCUUGUUCUCAGUAACUAGUACUGUGCACAAGUCUCCCAACAACACGUUUAUUUGUUCUGUUACUGCAGGGGACAGCACUCACACAGCAUCCCUGAGACAACAGAGUGAGCAGCAAUUUGAACUCUUUCAUAUCAAGCCUCAAAGCUAA